AACUAAGAAGAAGAAGCUCGCGUUUAUACAUUGUGCGUGUUUUGUAGCAAAUUUUGUGUAGUUUCUCGUGAAUUUUUAAAUAAUCCCGUUCGAAUGUUUGUGAAAUAAGGUUUCGAUGUUGUAAUUUAUAAAACUAAAGUGAUAAACACAUCAAAAAAAUUCCGUUUAACUCAAUUUAAGUACGUUACGAGGGAAGCCCUCAAACUGAAGAUAUUCGUUGUUUCGCUUCACGUUUUUGUAUAUUAUUCUCCUACACGCGGUUUUAAUUAUCCGGCAGUUAAAUGAUCGAUCAUCAGAUGAAUUGUUUUCGUGUACUGCACAAAUUCAAUAGGAGAUGUCCGAAAACCUAGACGAUUUACGGAUAUUAAUGUCUUUUUCUAGAAUAUGCUCUUAGCCUUUCGGGUUUCUGAACUGCAGAUGCUCUUAGGUUACGCUGGUAGAAAUAAGUCGGGACGUAAGACAGAAUUGCAACAGAGAGCUCAAGAAUUGCUAAGAACGCGAUCUGUACCAUACAUUCAUCAAAAAAUUAGAGAAUUAUAUAAAACUAUACAACAAAGUGGAGUAUUGAAUAAUAAUCAAGGUGUUCAAACAACAACUGGAAAUAAUAACGAUUUGCCUAAUAUAUCUAUUGGAGGAAAUAUGUCUCAAAGUCAAGGAGGGAUGCCUCGAGCCACUGCAACCGUUCCUCCUUACAAUGUUGACACAAGAAUUACGCGACAAGCAGCGAUGUAUAAUCAAACAAUGUCAUAUCCUUCAUAUCCUCAAUACACCCCAAAACCACCACCGCCAUUGGUUUCCGGUCAAUACCCCGUGCUCCCGGAUGUUCACUUCAAGAGACUCCCAUUUUUUGAUAUCCUCUCAGAAUUAAUCAAACCAUCAUCAUUAGUGCCACAAAAUACACAUAGAAUCCAAGAGGGAACAUUUUAUUUUCAUUUAACACCUGCUCAAGCUACGGAUAUCGCCAGUUCGCGGGAUGUUCGUCAUGGUUCGAAAUGUGAAUACACCAAACAGGUUCAAAUGAGAUUUUGUCUUCUCGAAACUACGUGUGAACAAGAAGAUUUUUUCCCGCCAAGUGUUGUCGUUAAAGUUAAUAAUAAGUUGUGUCCGUUACCAAAUCCUGUACCUACAAAUAAACCGGGUGUUGAACCAAAACGUCCGCCGAGGCCCGUAAAUAUAACUCCGUUGGUUAAAUUGAGCCCAACCGUCCCAAAUACAAUACACGUUUCGUGGGGUUCCGAUUAUGUUCGAGGAUAUGCGUUGACUGUUGCCUUAGUACAUAAACGAACUUCACAGGAUUUAUUGCAGAGGCUAAAAUCAAAAGGAGCCAAACAUUCUGAUUAUACUAGAGGCUUAAUUAAAGAGAAAUUAAAUGAAGAUGCGGAUUGCGAAAUCGCAACAACAUCAUUACGCGUUUCUCUGAUAUGUCCAUUGGGAAAGAUGCGAAUGAUGACACCAUGCAGGGCAAUUACGUGUCAACAUUUGCAAUGUUUCGAUGCAUCCCUAUUCCUACAAAUGAAUGAAAGAAAACCAACUUGGAAUUGUCCCGUUUGUGAUAAACCCGCGUUAUAUGAUAAUCUAGUCAUAGAUGGAUAUUUCCAAGAAGUGUUAAGUUCACCUGUAUUAAAUUCUGAAUUAAACGAAAUUCAACUUCACAAGGACGGUUCGUGGAGUACACAUAUGGUGGAAAAGAAAACCCCCGCCCCUGUAGUUAAAGUUCAAAAACCAACUGAUGAUUCAAUAGAAAUUAUUUCUGAUGAUUUAGAAGUUGUGUCUUCCGCCGAGGUUAAGCCGACGCCAACGACAACAACUACAGAACAAGGAGCAUCAUCGGUUGAUGGUAAUGGUAAAGCGGAACGGAGCAUUGUUGAUCUUACCAUUUCCGAUUCCGAUGAUGAAGAACCAUUAGCGAAACGAACAAGAUCCGCAAAACCUGAUUCAACCAACAAGUUGUCUGAUUCGAUUUCCUCGUCAAGUAAUCAAUCACGAACUCCAGCGAACACACCGGGUCCUUCCACCGUUUCAAGUUCGGGUUAUCCACCAAGUCCAGCACCGGUCAUUUCUGUAGAUAGUCCAUCGCCUCCACGCUCACCUCACAUAUUCAACUUUAGCAACGAACAUCUAUUUCAUUCGGGUCAUUUUUAAAAACAUUUUAUAGACAAGUUUUUUAUUUAGUAACAAAAUUGGGGUUAAAAUAUUAUUUUUUUUAAUUUAGUUGUUUUUGAGUAUUACUAAAAUCUUUGUAUUAGUUACUUUUUAGUUUUUUUUUUUUUGAAGUUAACGAUAAGUUUAU